AUGACAGGUGACACGGGUAUCCACGAAACAACCGACCAUUCAACCAGUCCUGCAUUCUCCGACAUAAUACACGGCGAAGAUCUCGAGUUUCGACAUGAACACGAAAAACCAUUUCCAGUACGACACAAGUUCCAAGUAUUGGGCAAAUUCACACCACCGAGCAUAUUAUCGCGAUGCUCAAAUACACAGCUUGUCACGAUAGCAGGUGCAGCAUCGGGGUUUUUAGCAGGAGUCGUUGUGUGUCCCCUCGAUGUCAUCAAAACUAGACUCCAAGCUCAGCAAGACAAGGCAAACAGAUUAGGAUUUCGACAAAUGUUAACAAGGAUACUACGCACUGAAGGGAUAACUGGGCUAUAUCGUGGUUUGGUGCCCAUCACUAUAGGAUAUCUCCCCACAUGGACUAUUUAUUUCACCGUAUACGAAAGGGCUAAGAAGUUUUACCCACAUUUUAUACAGCGACACUGGGAUAUAGACAGUCCUACAUUGAACCAUUUCUGCUCUGCAAUAACGGCAGGAAUGACUAGUUCAAUCGCCGUUAAUCCGAUUUGGGUCGUCAAGACUCGACUCAUGAUUCAAUCAAAUACAAGAACAUCGCCCACUGAUGUGGUAUACAAGGGCACCAUUGAUGCGUUCAGGACAAUGUAUCAAGAAGAAGGUAUCCGCGUAUUUUAUAGUGGAUUGAUACCGUCGUUGUUUGGGUUGAUUCAUGUCGGAAUCCAUUUCCCAGUUUAUGAAAAAAUGAAGUCCUGGUUACAUUGCAGUACUAUUGACCAGCAAAAUGAAGUGCCGGGACUUUUGUGGAGACUCAUUGCCGCGUCAUCCAUAUCCAAGAUGAUUGCUAGUACAAUUACAUACCCUCAUGAGAUUUUGCGUACUAGAUUACAAAUGAGGAAGAAUGGUCAAAAGCAAGUUGCAAAAGCAAAUGCCAAGGGAUCUUUGUUGAAGACUAUUUCACAUAUAUAUCACAAGGAGGGUCUACGUGGGUUCUAUGCCGGUUACGUUACAAACUUGAUUAGAACUGUCCCGGCAAGCGCAGUUACGCUAGUCAGCUUUGAAUAUUUCAAAACGUACUUGUUGGAGAUUGGUGGUAAGACAGGGAAGAUGGCUCAUUUAUAG